AUGGGUGUGUCUGCUUACAAUCGAUCUGUAUGUGUUUACCCUAUUAAUAAAUUUGGCGAUCGAUGUCUUCUUGUCGAAACAAUUUGUCAAAUUGAUAAUAAUUUAAGAUGUCAAAAUGGUGGUCAGUGUAUUCGUGCUGAUGAAUAUAUGAUAUCGACUAGAAAAUUUGUAUGUAUUUGUCCAAAAGGUUAUAUUGGUGAUCGAUGUGAAAUAGUCGAUAACAAAAUAAUUCUAUCAUUUCAAAAAAGUAUUGUUUUAUCUCAAUCGAUAUUUAUUCAUUUCAUUCAAGUUAUCAAUAAUAGUGCACCGAUGAGAACAACAACUUUUCAAACAAUUUCUCUUACAAAAAAUUCACUUAUAGUUUAUUUGUCACAACCAUUUCAUCUUGUUUUUAUUGAACUUUUAAAUAAAAUUUAUUAUUUAGCUGUUAUUCAAAAAACUUAUGAACAAUCAACAACAAUUAAUAAAAUGAUAAAU